UCUUUGAUUGUUUUGGUGGAGACGCCCCCACCACCCUUCGGUUCGCCUAUUGCUUGGCUCUGACCUGGACGGUGGCCGGCGGAGGACAACAGGCUAGCAGAGCGGAGGCAAGGUUUUGCAGUGAGUGGGACACAGCUGCUGUGUCUAAGCGUCGGAGAGUGACGGGGCUGCCCGGACAUGGCGGCGGCCUCUGCGUUGUCGGUCCUGCUGGUGGCGGCGGAGAGGAACCGAUGGCAGCGAGUCCCGAGUUUGCUGCUGCCGCCGAGGGGAUGGACUUGGAAGCAAAGAGCCGUGAAGUAUGCAACUACCACAGGACGAAACAUUACCAAGGUCCUCAUUGCAAACAGAGGAGAAAUUGCCUGCAGGGUGAUACGAACAGCCAAAAAAAUGGGCGUACAGUCUGUGGCUGUUUAUAGUGAGGCCGACAGGAAUUCCAUGCAUGUUGACAUGGCAGAUGAAGCACAUUCCAUCGGCCCCGCUCCCUCACAGCAGAGCUACCUUUCUAUGGAGAAAAUCAUUCAAGUGGCCAAGAUCUCCGCUGCACAGGCUAUCCAUCCGGGAUAUGGUUUUCUCUCAGAAAACAUGGAAUUUGCCGAACUGUGUAAGCAAGAAGGAAUUAUUUUUAUAGGUCCUCCUUCAUCAGCAAUUAGAGACAUGGGUAUAAAGAGCACAGCCAAAUCCAUCAUGGCUGCUGCUGGAGUGCCUGUUGUGGAAGGUUAUCACGGUGAUGACCAAUCAGACCAAUGCCUGAAAGAGCAUGCUAGGAGAAUCGGUUACCCCGUCAUGAUUAAAGCCAUCCGUGGUGGAGGAGGAAAAGGUAUGAGGAUCAUUAGAUCCGAAAAAGAAUUUCAAGAGCAGUUAGAAUCAGCGCGGAGAGAAGCUAAGAAGUCUUUCAAUGAUGAUGCGAUGCUGAUUGAGAAGUUUGUGGACACACCAAGGCAUGUGGAAGUCCAGGUGUUUGGUGACCACCAUGGCAAUGCUGUGUACUUGUUUGAAAGAGACUGUAGUGUACAGAGGAGACAUCAGAAGAUCAUUGAGGAGGCCCCAGGGCCUGGUAUUAAACCUGAAGUAAGAAAAAAGCUCGGAGAAGCUGCAGUCAGAGCUGCUAAAGCUGUAAAUUAUGUUGGCGCAGGAACUGUGGAGUUUAUUAUGGACUCAAAGCACAAUUUCUACUUCAUGGAGAUGAAUACAAGGCUGCAAGUGGAACAUCCUGUUACUGAGAUGAUCACAGGAACUGACUUGGUGGAAUGGCAGCUUAGGAUUGCAGCAGGAGAGAAGAUUCCUUUGAGCCAGGAAGAGAUAACUCUGCGGGGCCAUGCCUUUGAAGCUAGAAUAUAUGCAGAAGAUCCUAACAAUAACUUCAUGCCAGGGGCUGGACCAUUAGUGCAUCUCUCCACCCCUCGAGCAGACCUUGCCACUAGGAUUGAAACUGGAGUACGGCAAGGAGAUGAAGUUUCAGUGCAUUAUGACCCCAUGAUUGCAAAGCUGGUUGUGUGGGCUGCAGAUCGCCAGGCAGCCUUGAUGAAACUGAGGUACAGCCUUCGACAGUACAGUAUUGUUGGGCUGCACACCAACAUUGACUUCCUCCUCAAACUGUCUGGCCACCCAGAGUUUGAAGCUGGGAAUGUGCACACUGAUUUCAUCCCUCAGCACCGCAAAGAACUGUUGCCCCAUCGGAAGACCACAGCCAACGAAUUUUUAUGCCAGGCAGCUCUGGGGCUCAUCCUCAAGGAGAAAGCUAUGACUGAUGUUUUCAAAAUCCAGACACAAGAUCAAUACUCUCCUUUUGUAUCCAGCAGUGGAAGAAGACUGAAUAUCUGUUAUACCAGAAACAUGACUCUUAGGGAUGGUAAAAACAAUGUAGCCAUAGCUGUAACAUAUAACCGUGAUGGGUCACAUAGCAUGCAGAUUGAAGAUAAAACUUUCCAUGUCCUUGGUGAUCUUUGCAGUGAGGGAGACUGCACUUACCUGAAAUCUUCUGUUAAUGGAGUUGCUAGUAAAACUAAGCUGAUUAUCCUGGAAAACACUAUUUACCUAUUUUCCAUGGAUGGAAGUAUUCAGAUUGGCAUUCCAGUCCCCAGAUACUUGUCUUCAGUGAGCUCAGAAGGAACCCAAGGAGGUGCCGUAGCUCCUAUGACUGGAACUGUUGAAAAGGUGUUUGUGAAAGCUGGAGACGAAGUAAAAGCUGGAGAUUCUUUGAUGGUUAUGAUCGCCAUGAAGAUGGAGCAUACCAUAAAGGCUCCAAAGGAUGGCACUAUCAAGAAAGUGUUCUACAAAGAAGGUUCUCAGGCCAACAGACACGCUCCUUUAGUCGAGUUUGAGGAGGAAGAAUCUGACAAAAGGGAAGCAGAAUAAACUCCAUUAAAUAAGCGGCCAGUUAAGCAGCCUCUUAAGUGUAGUAUCUCUACACCAAAAUGGGAAAGUGCCUUCCUGCUUUUCUCGGGGUCUGAUGACCAGCACUUUUACUAAAUGAUUGUAUGAUUGCGCUUAAAACUGUUUCGUAUUUAAGAAUCAUGUACUUGGGUCACAAAUACAAUAAAUUAUCUCAAAAUAUUUCAUACUAAUAAAAUUAAAUUAUACUUUUUUAUUGGGAGACAAUA